UGGCCGCCAUUUUGUCCACCGCCCAGCGAGCGUAGAGCUGACUUGUGGGAGUGUGCUGCCUGCUCCGUGCGGUUGGAGGUGGUGGUAGUAGUGGUGGUGUGUUUUCUUUUCUUUAUCUUCUCGAGGAGAGUUGUGGUGCUCCGGCGGCGUGUAGGAGGUGGUGGUGGCGUUUCGGUGACGUGAAAAAAAACAACAUUGUGUUUUUUGUGUCCUCCUGUCGUCGGCAGGGAACUCCGUUGCAAAGUGGCCCGGAACAGUUAACCCGCCGAGUGGGGACGUAAACACGCUACACACGAAAUGCAAGCGAUAAAGUGCGUGGUCGUCGGCGACGGAGCCGUUGGUAAAACCUGUCUCCUCAUCAGUUAUACCACCAAUGCCUUCCCUGGCGAGUACAUACCCACAGUGUUCGACAACUACUCGGCCAAUGUCAUGGUCGAUGGCAAGCCCAUCAACCUUGGUCUGUGGGAUACUGCUGGUCAGGAGGACUACGACCGGCUUCGACCACUCUCCUACCCACAGACGGAUGUCUUUCUCAUCUGCUUCUCCUUGGUGAACCCAGCAUCCUUUGAAAACGUCAGGGCGAAGUGGUACCCCGAGGUGAGCCACCACUGCCCCAAUACGCCCAUCAUCCUGGUGGGCACCAAGCUGGACCUGCGGGAGGACAAGGAUACUGUGGAGAAACUGCGCGACCGCAAGCUUGCCCCCAUCACCUACCCGCAGGGACUGGCCAUGGCCAAGGAGAUCGGCGCUGUCAAGUACCUCGAGUGCUCUGCUCUCACCCAGAAGGGCCUGAAGAACGUCUUUGACGAGGCCAUCCGUGCAGUGCUCUGCCCGCAGCCCAAGCCCAAGAAGCGGCGCCCUUGCUCACUGCUCUGAGUCUCCUCCCCCUCUUUCUCCCCCUCCUCCUCCUCAAAUCGGCUCGUCUAGCUGUCGCUUGUGCAGGUAGGGCAUCGCCAUCUGCAAGCGUUCUCUCGAGCUAGACACGAGCUGGCGUUCUUUUUUGUUCUCCCCAACUUGCCUGCAUCGCGCCCUUCACAUUUAUUUUUUCUUUUUCUUCCCUGGGCGCUGGCUUGUGAGAGCCGUGCUGGUCAUUUGAACGAAGUGCCGAUGCACGUUUGUUGUGUGCAGGUGAUGUAGCCUGCUGAUGGCAUGCUGCUCUUUUAGCUGAAGUUAAGGAUUAUACUUGGUUUUUAACGGAUAACAUUUGCUUAGUUUAUGGGCAAGAACACUUGGUGCUGGAGCUGAGCCAUAGACUGUUGUCGUCUGUAGGCAGUGCAGGCAACUGGCAUAUUGCAGUGUUGGGUUUAGUCUAGCAGUGAGUGCCAGUGGCCAUGUCGACCUUCUUGUUUCCACAGAUGAACAAUUAGUGUUAUAGGCUGUGGCCAUAAUCUACAGUGCCGACUGUCACAAAUUACCGGUAUAGCAGGCAACGUACUCAUUUGGUUUCUAGCCACCAGCUGAGCUUCUUCACUGUGUAGGUCAUUUGUACUCAUCCUUCUCGGCAGCCUUUGAGAGAAAUGUGGUUUGUUUCUACCUUCGUAUGUACAUGAGCUCCAUGACAGUUUCGGUUGAAGGUCAAUUUUGCACCUCGACAAAUGCCAUAAGCAGCUGGCCUGGCCCUUUGACAGUGCAUCUUGGGUCAUUACUGCCAGCUUAUUUUAGUUGCUGUAGUAAGUGCAGUUGCUAUUUCUGUGCGUACUAGCCAAGCUAGGACGCGGAAAGCCCCCCCUUAACUUUGUAAACUAUUGUCUGCAAGGUACGUUAGCUUGAAGUGACUGAUAGGUGGGCCAGCUAGCCUGUUUGAUCUCCUCAGAUUUGUUCAGUGUUUCUUGGUGAAAAUGGUUCAUAGUUUAUCAUUUUCAGAUUGCUCAUAAAACUGCUGUCUGGCAGGUUUUAAGUUGUUUUUGCUCUAAAGUCAGUUCACCUCAAGUUCCAUUUUUCCGUAACUUGUUACUUUGACAUAAUGUGACAUGGGGUGACAUAGCUGGUGGUGCCACUGCCAGAAGACCUAUACUCUUUGUUAUAUGUCGGUCUGAAGGUGCUUGUUCAUCAGUGAACACCGCUGAACAUGUCUAAGUUCCUUGCCUCAGGUAGAAGGUAUGCUUAGUCUUCUUUUCUUCUAAAUUAUUUUUCUCGGCAGCUUGUAUGUACAGAGUUUCAUACUAAGUUUGCCAGAGUGCGACACUGUGCAAUCAUUCAACCGGCAUGCAAAUAAUGCACAUUGCUUGAAUUUUCUUCAUUUGCAUGGCUUUGCUGAGAAAGUGUAUUGGGGCUUCUUUUAAGGUUCAUCAUAAUUCACUUCAAGUGUUAGCCUUACGUCUAUUCGUAGUUAAGUGUCGUAUGUUCGCAAGUGCAUAAAUUGUUUGGUCUCAUUUCAUUCAGGUAAAUGUAAUUGACUGUCGAGCACAUUAGCAGCUAAGCCUAAAUUCCAUUUGGUUAAUCACACUAAUCGUUGGUCAUCAUAAGUGGGCAAACAAGGAGCCAGCGUUUUGACAGAGACUUGUUUUUGCCCCGACAAAUGUCCCCUUGUUGAAACGUUGGCUCUAGUCGAGGUUCCUCUUGUUUGCCCUCUGUUGAUUACUGUCUCAGUGUUCCUGUGAACAACUCUUUGGUUCGGACAACCAUACGUGACGUUCAAGCUAUCCGGUUCUUAACGUUGAGAACAAGAAAACGAAUUAUAUAAAUUACUGCCUAAAUAAGCCUUAUAUUUGCCAUGCAGCAAAUCUGCGAUAACAUAAUGGUUUUGAAAAGUCGUUCAAAGACAGAAGGAUGAAGUUUAGACAAAUCCAGGUACUGCCUAUCAUCCUGUGCUGGCUUAGUAGAUGCCACGCUGGCGGCAUGUGCAGACAGUAGAGCCAUAUUUCCUCAUUGUAUCAGACGUACGAAACGCUACAGGUUGUGCCCACUUGUCAAUCACCGUUUGUGUAUGAAAAUGUGGGAAUGAGUGAGUGGUACUGCCUGCAGACGACAGUUUAGACGGGUGAAAAAGCUUUGCUGCACAUCUCGAGGCCCUGACACUUUUGUGCCCGUUGUGACAGAUGUUAAGUGGCAUUGUGGCAUUGCCACAUUAGCACUCGCUAUACUGCAGGAGUUGGUGAAACAUAUCGCCUGACGAGAAGUGCAGCACGCACAGGGUGUCUGCAGUUUGGUGUAAUUUUGGCUGCCUGCCAUGGUUUAGGGUUAGCGCACUGUUAGGCCUAACUGGACAAGGGAGGGCACCACGUGUUUUACCGACAAGUUGCCAAAUGUGACACAGAUGCCGUAAGUGCGUGGCAAUAUAGUGGUUUGGCUUGCAAACGAAGCUGGUUUGUAGUGUAGGCUGGCAUGCAGCAAAUGGUGAUGCUGUAGUUUCGGACAGGUUGCUGGUCUGCCUUCCUGCAGUGCCGAAUUGUUUUUUGCAACGUGAUGCCAAGGCUGUUUGUGACUAUCGGAAUGAACUUUUCUAACGAGUGUUGGUUGCAUCACUGUAAUAGCACCGUGCGUUUUUUACACUUUCAUCCUGUCACAAAUGACUCUUACUCUAGCUUUCUCCCUUGGUCCCAUUUUAUUCCUCCUCCACCAUUUCUCCAAGGAACAUGCUCCUGCCUCAUCUUACAUGUAUAGCGUGGUUUCUUUGUACAAAGAGAAGAAACACUUCGCAUAAAUAGGCUUAGGACAGUGAGAAGUAUGUUAUAUACUUUGCGUCUUUGCUACUGCCUGAUGAAAUUUUGAGGCUUAACCUAGGAUCAGCAUCUCACGCAAAGAUGUUUCACCCUAUAUUGAGUGCUGAAAUAAUUUUUUUUCUUGCUUUUAUUUAACCAGCAAUGUUGUGGUCAAUAGUUUCCGGCUUUUUGAGUACACGAUUGCUGUGCUUUCUGGCCACGUAUGCAUUCUUAAUUGUUCAGGAUGUACCGAGGGUUGUGUGCCUCUGUUCCAUGGAGGUGUCAUCGGUCAUUUAGGAAUUUUUAGGGUUAGUUCAAAACUGAUGUAAUUAGCCUUUUGUUUGUCUUUAAUGAUAUAAAUUAAGUUGGCAGUGUUGUUCUGAGUGUAUAUAGAACAUUGUGCGGCAUUUCAGGGCACAUUAAUUUUUUUUCCGUUGUGUGUGCGUGUGGCACAACUUGCAUAAAGUAGCCACAGUGUGCUGUAUGCUGCAAGGCCAUCUUUUGUGGUGGGAGUUUAGAGAUUUUAUAAAUGCUUUUUUUUAGAUCUCCUAAGCUCUUCUCUUUGUCCCACCUCUUUGCAUAAGCACACAAUAACAUUUUUGGCUAUGGCUUUGUGCUGGUGACUUAUUUUGUAGCUGAUCAUUUCUGCUCUGCACCAGAGUUCACUUUUUUUUUAUGCGCAUAAUGUAAGAAUUGCUCGAAGUUUGCAGUGCAUGCAAGGUGUCGCCACGUUCGUUCCUGGCGUCCAACAGCAUUGUCAAGAAAAGACUAGAUGAAAUGCUGUACAAACCAUGUGAAGAAAGGCCUGUCAAAAUGUUGCGCUAUUGUUCAGUUACUGUAACGAAUUAUACGGUUGUUUAUCAAA